AUGGACGUUCCGCCACAAUCUCGUGAAUCUAUUUUACAUGCUCUACACGCAACACAUCCCGGUAUCGUUAAAAUAAAGGCCCUGAUUCGAAGUUAUGUUUGGUGGUCGAACAUUGAUGCAGAUAUUGAGAAAACUGUGAAGAAAUGUACCAACUGUCAGCAAAAUCGCAAUGAGCAGCCCAAAACGGCAACACACCAUUGGGAAUCCGCUAAGCGACCAUGGUCUCGGUUGCAUAUCGACUUCGCCGGACCUUUCCAAGGCAAAAAAUUUUUCCUCGUAGUGGACUCAUACUCAAAAUGGCUUGAGGUCUCCGUUGUUCCCUCUGCAUCAACAGUAGCAGCCACAAGAGUUCUUCGUCAGCUGUUCGCCACUCACGGCCUGCCAGACAAGAUCGUGUCAGACAACGGGACUGCUUUCACUUCUGAAGAGUUCAAGAAAUGCAUGGAGAGCAACUUAACCCGCCACAUCCGCUCUGCUCCCUUUCAUCCUGCGACAAAUGAACAAGCGGAACGUAUGGUUCAGAGCACAAAAAACUAUUUGAAAAAGCUGGAUCCCUCGACGAAUAUUGAUUUAAGUCUAGCAAGAUUCUUAUUUAAUCAACAUAUGACGACACAUUCGACCACCAAUCGUUCGCCAGCACAAUUGCUAUUUAAUCGCGAACUUAAGUUAUAUUUCGACAAAAUACAUCCACACGAAAUUACAUACGGUAAGAUAGCCGACAUGUCCAGUGGUAAUCCUUUUCUUACAGUUCAAGUCACUGGCCAAACUGGACCUAUAUCCUACAGCGUGCUUGUUAAUGAUUCGAGAGUAGUGAGACGUCAAGAUCAGCUUCGUAACCGCACAGUAUCCUCAUCCGAUUCUGAAGGCGUGCAUGUACAUGACGAAAAUUCUGAAGCUAGCCUGCUUGAGCCAACUGAAGAAGUAAUAGCUGAAUGCCCUAGGAGUGAUCAUGAAACCCUAAGUCCAGCAUUAGAAUCGGAAAACAAUACCGAAGCUUUUACUCCGUCCACACCGGCACCAACUCCUCACAGAUCUAAUCGCAACAGGCAGCCUACAGAAUUCUAUUCAGCAUCUGGGUGUUAA